AUGACUGUUGCUGAGAUUGGUGCUGCUUUUCUCUGUCCAGAGAUUGAAGAGUCACUUGAUCAGAGUACUUCAGAUUCAGACUCUUCUGAACCUAGACUUCCUUUUACUAUGCCAUUGAAUUGUCGAUCAAGAGCUCGCGUCUAUCGCUUCCGCACACACAAUAUAUUCGAACCCUUCUCCGGGCAUAAUUGGCUGCCAGAGCCUCAUGGCCAAGAUCUCAUGCUUCCAGCACCAAAAUCGGAUGCUCUUCCUUCACAACCAAAUAUUGAUAAAGUUCUUGAACUUCUUCCUUCAUUGUGCAAUAGUGAUAAAAUUCUGGACGUGCAUUACUCCCAGGACCCCGAGGCCGUUCCUUCUUUUCAAAUGUUGGAUGAUGAGAGUCGAAAAUCUCAUGUGCAAGACGUGAAAUUGCCAUCAAAUGAUGGUUCUAUGCUAUUUCCUGACAACUUCAUCUCAUUCCAGCUCAUUCUUUUUUCUAUUGGUCUUCUAGCUUUUGUUGUCUACCAUUAUAAUCUGAUCACUGUAGUAAAAGUAAAAUUGAUUGCUCAGCCUUCUUAUGUCACUGGUGUAAACGUAUCUUCGAAAAGGAAGAAACCUCGGAAAUCUGGGAAGGGAAGAAGUAACAGUGAGAAAAUGGACAAAGAAGAAAAUUUGGUUAAUAACACUUGUAAUGACUUUCUGAACCUAAAUCAACCAAAUUCUUACAUAGAUGGACGCAAUAUUGGUAAGUUAUUUGUCUCAAGCAAAGAGAUUGCAAAAGGUAGCAAUGGUACCAUUGUUGUUGAAGGGAUUUAUGAAGGCCGUCCAGUUGCCGUGAAACGCCUUGUGAGGGCCCAUCAUGAUAUCGCCUCUAAGGAAAUUCAAAAUCUUGUGUUGUCUGAUCAUCAUCCAAAUAUUGUUAGAUGGUACGGAGUGGAGCAAGACCAAGAUUUUGUGUAUCUUGCACUAGAGCGCAGUGCUUGCAGCUUGAAUGAUCUUAUUCAUAUAUAUUCAAAGUCCUCUAUUGAC